GGCGGUACUCUGGUUUCUGGUAUACAAAAUAUAUAUACCGGUGAGUGGGUUUCUCACUGCUUACGGCUUCAGAAGAAGAGGAGAAAUGGCUUCUGAGGAUACCAAAGAUCAACGGCUUACAAGAAUUGCUUCUGCAAUUCGGGUCAUCCCAAACUUCCCUAAGCCAGGGAUCAUAUUUCAGGAUAUAACGACUCUGCUUCUUGACCCAGAGGCAUUUAAGGACACCAUUGAUUUGUUCGUGGAGAGAUACCGUGGCAAGGAUAUCUCCGUUGUUGCAGGAAUUGAAGCAAGAGGUUUUAUAUUCGGGCCUCCUAUUGCCUUGGCUAUUGGAGCAAAAUUUGUCCCUAUGAGAAAGCCCCAUAAAUUGCCUGGGGAGGUUAUUUCAGAAGAGUACUCGUUGGAGUAUGGAACAGACAAAAUGGAAAUGCAUGUAGGAGCCGUACAGGCAGGGGAACGUGCCCUUGUUAUUGAUGAUCUCAUUGCAACUGGGGGUACCCUGUGUGCAGCAAUAAGGCUAUUGGAACGUGUUGGAGUAGAGUUGGUUGAGUGUGCAUGUGUCAUUGAAUUGCCGGAACUAAAGGGUCGGGACCGAUUAGGAGACAAACCAUUAUUUGUCCUUGUAAAAGCAGAUUAAUGUAUGUUUUGUAGCUGAAUUUUGAUGUUGUUGACUCAUAUUAGUGAUCAUUGCUGGAGUUUUAACUGCUGUACCACUUUUCGUUGAGAUAUUUGUUGAGAAAAUGCUUGGUAAUGCUUCUAUGGAACAUGAAAACUGAUGGUUCAUAUUCAAGCAAUAUAUUUUUCUUGUAUGACAAUAAUAAUUUGGACUUCGAG